UGUGCUUUGUAAAUAUUGUGAUUUUGUAGGUACGGUUUUUUUGUAAUUUGUUGUUUUGCUAUUUCAAAAACGCAACUGAUUUAUUUGUGUAAAUUGCAACAAUGGACGAGUUAUUCAAAGAUUCAGUGCAGUUAUCAAAAGGGAUAAAUAUAAAGGAGCUGAUCAGCAGGCCGACGGAGUUCCAUAUAGACUUGGACUUCAAGAAGAAAUCAAUGGGGAUGAUGAUGGGAUGUGAUGAUGAUCUCUUACCUGACAUGGAUGAAGAUGAGGACAGUGAUACAGAGGAUGCCUUCAAAAUCAUAGAGCGUACGGCGGAGAAAAUGAUGCUGUCAUGUCCAGAGUACCACUCCUUCAAGGAUCUGGCUUCUAAGAUGGUGGACUGCAUACCAUCCGGUGAAGUCAAAAUGCUAGUCAUAGAAGAAGGUGAUGGUCCACUGGUACCGGUGGACGCGAUGGUCACUAUCCAUCAUGCUGCGUAUUUCGAAAAUGCCAAAAUACCCUUCGACUCCACCCUCACUACGAAUAACCAAGCUCCUUUGCGUAUGCGUCUAGGCUGCAAGAAGUUUAUACCUGGUCUGGAAAUAGGGUUGACAAUGGUCAAAGGUCCGAAAGCAAGAUUUCUCCUUCUUGUGGAGCCCAGUAUGGCGUGGGGGCCUCAAGGAGUAUUCCCCCGCAUCAGACCUGAGCCGGCGCUCUUUGUGAUAGUGUUGUACCAAGUUGAAGACACCCAGGCCGCCGCUAGAUUCAACGACCUACCCUCAGAAGAGCAAAAAAAAUUCGAAGUGACAAUGAAUACUGUGACGUCACUACAUAGCCACGCCAAACACCUUUUUUCUAAAGGAAAGUACGCUGCCGCCGUAAAAGACUACCAACAAUCCAUAUCCAUACUAAACAUAUCGCAGACAGAGGACGAAAGAGAACAGAGAGAAAUAAAAAAAUUGAAAGUUAACUCUUGCGUCAACCUAUGUGUGUGUUAUUAUAAAUUAAAUAAGCCUAAAUACAUACUGGACAUAUGCAAUAACCUCGAUUAUAUAAUUGAUAUUGAGACCCAUUGUAAAGCGCUAUUUUAUUACGGCAGAGCGUACGAAAUGUUAGGAAAACAAGAUGAAGCCGUCAAAUAUUACAAAAAAGCAUUAAAAUUAGAACCGAAAAACAAAGAUAUAGGCAACGCAUUGGCAAACAUAGAUAAAUACAAUUUAAAAUCCGCAGAAAAAGAAAAGGAAUUAUGGCAGAAUGCGUUUAAAUCUUUGCCUGAAGAAAAAAAAGUUGUCUAUGAUGUCGAUGAGGAUUUCCAAGAUGGCGUCCUAGAGAUGUGUCAAGGUUUGGCGGGAAGGGACGAGUAUUCGAAAUUCGAUUUGCCGAAUGGUCUGUCGAAGGGUGAGGUAGAUUGUAUUAAGGAUUUGUGUUCGAAAUUCGAAGGCUUGGCUGUCUUAGAGGAUGGAGAGGGUAGGAGGAAAAGGAUUUCUAUUGUUAGGAAAUUGCUGGGUUAAACAUAGAGUUAAGUACUAGGAUUUCCUGAUUCUAUGAAAUUAAAGGACAAAUAAAAAAAAACAAUUUAGUAGGCUAUUUCAAACAAAAAUCAUGUGCCAUAAAACUGUCAUAAUGAGUGAACAUGUAUCUGGCAGGAAAGAUCACAUAAACUGAAGAGCUUUGAAGGUUUUGGCCUACCCAGUAGUCCGUCUUUUUACUUUUUUCUAAAAUAGCAGCCACCCAUAAAACCUGUAUUAAUUAAUAUUUAGCAUCAAUAUAAACAAGUAUUGUAUGAGACAAAAUCUUCCAAAGUAUCACGUUUCUGAGGUUUAAGCUGUCAAAGUUGUACUGGUGGAGUCAUCAGUACAGUCUAGCCAAAGAGAGAUAAUCAGCAGCGUUGCGUAUCGUAGAGUUUUGUCUCUCUCACUCGUGUUAUUCAAAGUGGCGUUUCAUCGUGUUAUUUCAACGACAGAGACAACGCUCUACAAAAGCGAAGCUGCCGAUCAUCUCUUUCUAAAGUUCGGUGUGUAAUCUUUCCUGCCUAAACAAACAAGUUUUAUACAGGGUGUAUUUUUUAAAAGUAUAUUUUUAAUUUUUAGUUUUACUUAAAAGCAAAGAUUAGCUGAGAAAAAUUAGAUUACUAAGUUAAUUAUAAUAAAAUAAAGUCGAUUAUUAAUUAAGAAAAUAUCAUUAAUGUUUGGAACAGAGUAAAGGUGUAUCCACACAUCGGUUAACUCGACGGCAUGUGUGGAUACAUCUUAAGGU